ACGGAACAUGUUACGCAGGAGUAUACGGUAUACAGGCUUUGUAGGAUGGAAGAGCUUGUAAGAUCACAGAAGUACAAUGAAUUAGCGGAAUAUUGCGAAGAAGAGGAACUAAAGGCACCUCAGUGCAUCCCCAAUGCAGAGAUAUACGGAACAUUACUAGGAGUCUAUUUGGUUCAGAACGAACUGGACCAUGCUAAGCUAUUGUGGCAGAGAAUUCCCAGUUCAGUGAAGCAGGAACAUAAAGAGAUCAGUGAACUGUGGGAGAUAGGAAAGAGGCUGUGGAGAAAAGAGUUUCCAGCCGUCUAUGAGUUAGCAAGAAAUCCCAAAUGGCCUUCACACAUUGAGCCUCUCGUCGCAAGUAUUGUCGAGAGACUAAGAGACAGGGUGCUAGUCCUGGUGGGCAAGUCCUACUCCGUCAUUAGACUGGACGGCCUCUGCUCCCUCCUCGGCCUCUCCACAGACCAAACCAGACACUUGGCCCAAGAGAAAGGGUGGGAGGUGGACAUUGGAGCCAAGAUAGUUAAUCCUAAGCCAAUUUCUGCAGCAGUGGAAAGUGACAGUCUGUCGCUUCUUGUGGUGGUAUGGCUGUGUGGUGUGGGUAUUCUUGGCUCCAGUGGUGCAGGUGGAGGAGGGCAGGACUGUCUCCAGCUCUUUGACACCUACAGUCAGGGAGUCUACGUGUGCCAGCAUCACAGCGACCUGAUUGUGGCCCUGCAGAUUGCAGAGGAGUUGGGUCGCGAGGAAUGCCAGAGAGCCUUCGAGAGGGAGAUGUGGAACUGCUCCAGUUUCUCCAUCCUCAGAGCCCCCAACGUCACCUCACUGGCCACGAAAGAGGCGGCCUAUGUGCACGCCCUGUCACUGGCGGCCAUUGCCCACUCUGUGGCCAAAGUGUGUGCAGUGGGAGACGUCACCUCAUGCUCGUGUGACACGGAGCAACUGGAGCUCCCGGCUACUGACAGCGAGAGACGCUAUGCCAUGGGCUGCUCAGACAACGUCGGGUUUGGACUCAACUUUGCCGCGCAGUUCCUGAGGCUGAGGCACAGUAUCACCACAGCUGACUCUCUCCAGGAGGGAGCAACCAACGCUCAGUGGAGAGAGGUUUUCCUCCACAAUCUCAGGACUGCUGCUGAGGUGGUCCGUGGGAAGACGUCAGUGAGCACGAUGCCCUGCAAGUGUCUGGGCGUGUCCGGGACCUGCACAGUGCUCUCCUGCCCCCAGCAAAAGUACUCAGAGUUUUCCAUUCUAGCGGAGGAAAUUUUGAGGAUCUAUCUCUCUUACACCUGCCAAUUCACGAGCACCAGUGCUGCUGCCAUAACACGAGACCGAGGAAACGGGUCGACUGGCGGUAUUAAUGACAGGGUUUCCCCUCAGAUUACGGUGAGUGCCGGCCAGCAGCGGUCGUGUAGUCAACCCAACGAGAGACAUUUCCUGUUCCUGGACGAAUCUCCGAACUACUGCGUCCGGGACGUGGUGGUGGGGUCGCUGGGGACGGCCGAACGGAAGUGCGACCCGCACACCACGGGACCAAAUUCCUGCGAAAAUCUCUGCACCCGAUGUGGGUGGGGCCACGUAAAUGUCACGCAGAGGGUCGAAGAGAUUUGUUACUGUAGCUUCAGCUACUGCUGCGAGAUACAGUGUCACAAGUGCCUCAGAACACAAUACGUCUCAUUAAUCUUAAAUUCUAUUUGA